CCCAAUUUAUCCAAAUAGCUGGGAGAGGAUCAAAGCUGCUUAUGUAUCAAGAAUACACUUAUUCAAAAAGAGGGCCAAUAGUCCAAUACAUUCAAAUAGCUGGGAGAGGAUCGAUGUUGCUUAUGUAUCAAGAGUACACUUAUUCAAAAAAAGGGCUCUUAUGUAACGGCGGUACCCGGUACAAGUGUUCUUCCCAGUAUAUCGAAAUAGCUGGCAGAGGAUCCAAAUUGCUUAUGUAUCAAGAAUACACUUACUCAAAAAGUGGGUCGAUACGUAAUGGUGGUUCCCGGUACACGUGUUCUUGCAACUUUAGCAAAAACUGCAAGGCCCAUAUCCACGUGUCAAAAGAUAAUAUAGUCAUUAAAGCUUUCACUGAGCAUAAUCAUCUGCCUCCAAAAUAUGCUAAAACCCAAAAGGGCUACAUUAAAAUAUAAAUAAAAAUAUAAUUAAAUUGCCUAUUAUUUGAAUUGAAAUUAAGAAUACCAGAGAUGAUGAUUAUCAUAAAUGAAAAGAGAUGUCACGUUGCAUUCUAGACUAGCCUUUCCCAAAGUAGGUGAUAACGCUUUCUGCAGGUUAGGCCUGCAGCGCCCACAAGAAAGAGCGAUAGAGAGCGCCACAAGGGGGGCGGUAAGAGACCUAGAAAAAAAAUGGGGGCGUUAUGUAGAGG